ACACACACAUAAACACACACACACACCAACAAGUGCAGAUUAGUGUGGGAUUGCAGGCUGUCCUGCCACCUGACUGAGGCAGACUCACUUGGCUCCAUGUUCUACUUUGAUCGUCUUCCAUAACGGUUGCAGCUGUCAGCUGAUGGACGCCGUCACGCCGUGAAGUCCAGACUGAUGAGUCCGAGCGGAAGAAACUUUUCCCCGUGAGUCCGAGCACUUGAAUGGAUCCACAGUGAGCAUCGAGCGCCAUCUCUCCAAGGCGGGAUGAGGAGGGCCGUGUUACGGGAAGCCGCCAAACGCUUCCCCUGGCUGGCCAACGUGACCUUGUACGGCUGCCUGUUCGCUGGCGGGGACCUGGCGCACCAGCUGAUGGCGCCCAAGGAGCGCCUGGACUGGAGGCGCACCGGCAACGUGGCCGCCGUGGCCACCGCCUUCCACGGGAACUUCAACUACUUCUGGAUGCGGGCCUUGGAGCGACGCUUCCCCGGGAAGUCUGCCGCCAUGUUGUUCCGCAAACUGCUGCUGGACCAAAGCUUUGCGUCGCCUUUGGCCACCAGUGUCUUCUACACGGGAGUCAGCUUCCUGGAGGGCAAAGAGGACGUCUUUGAGGACUGGAGGGAGAAGUUCUUCAACACGUGGAAGACUGGACUCAUGUACUGGCCUUUCAUGCAGUUCCUGAACUUUGCGCUGAUGCCGCUGCACAUGCGAACGGCCUUCAUGGGCUGCUGCGCCUUCCUCUGGGCCACCUUCCUGUGCUUCUCUCGCCAGGACGGCGACGGCACGGCCGCCGUGGCCCUGGCCUUCGUCAUGGACCCCCGCAAGACUCUGGAAGACAUGCGCCAGGCCCGUUUGGCCCGCGACAGGGAACGCUCGCAGAGGGAGAACUAGCGAGAGGAGCGCCGUGCAGGUUUUAAACUGGGGUGUCAUGUACUCUGCCGCCACUAGGGGCGCUCUUGAGAGUGUGGAGGAAGGUCAGGACCCAGGAACACCUGUUGGUCCAAGGCCAUUUCCGCAUGGACGGGUAUUUUUAAAAUGAGAAGCAAACAUCUCGUAGCAGUCUGUCUUUUAAAGGCGAACAUUAUCAUCAGACCUAUGUAAGCGUCAAUAUAUACCUUGAUGUUGCAGAAAAAAGACCAUAUAUUUUUUUAACCAAUUUCCGAACUCUAAAUGGGUGAAUUUUGGCGAAUUAAACGCCUUUCUAUUCAUCGCUCUCGGAGCGAUCACGUCAGAACGUGAUGUCACCUAGGUAAUAAAGCCGCCAUUUUCUCAAACACAUUACAAACACCGGGUCUCAGCUCUGGCUAAAGACUUGGCAUGCUAACAUUUAGCAUGAGCCAAGUACCAACUUAAAUGAGUCUGAUGAAUUUGGCUGCAAAUUUUCUGUAAAAAGUUAGCACACUAAUGUUAGUAUGCUAGUAGUUAACAUGUGUCAAGUAGCAAUUUCUGAGUCUGAGACUUUCGGCUGCAAAAUUGGCUAAAAAGUUGGCAUGCGAACAUUUAGCAUGAGUCAAGUACCAACUUAAAUGAGUCUGAUGCAUUUGGCUGCAAAUUUUCUGCAAAAAGUUAGCACACUAAUUUUAGCAUGCUAACAGUUAACAUAUGUCAAGUAGCAACUUAUGAGUCUGAGAUGUUUGAGUACAUAAUUGGCUACAAAGUUGGCAUGCUAACAUUUAGCAUGAGCCAAGUACCAACUUAAAUGAGUCUGAUGAAUUUGGCUGCAAAUUUUCUGCAAAAAGUUAGCACACUAAUGUUAUCAUGCUAGUAGUGAACAUGUGUCAAGUAGCAAGUUCUGAGUGUGAGACUUUCAGCUACAAAAUUGGCUAAAAAGUUUGCAUGCAAUAAUUUAGCAUGAGUCAAGUACCAACUUAAAUAAGUCUGACUAAUUUGGCUGCAUUUGGCAAGAAAUGUUCUGCAAAAAGUUAGCACACUAAUGUUAGCAUGCAAACAGUUAACAUGUGUCAGGUAGCAAGUUACGAGUCUGAAACGUUCGACUACAGACUUGGCUAAAAACUUGGCAUGCUAACAUUUAGCAUGAGUCAAGUACCAACUUAAAUGAGUCUGUUGCAUUUGGCUGCAAAUUUGCUGCCAAAAGUUAGCACACUAAUGUAAGCAUGCUAACAGUUAACAUAUGUCAAGUAGCAAGUUAUGAGUCUGUGAUGUUUGACUACCUAAUUGGCUACAAAGUUGCCAUGCUAACAUUUAGCAUGAGCCAAGUACCAACUUAAAUGAGUCUGAUGAAUUUGGCUGCAAAUUUUCUGCAAACAGUUAGCACAAUGAUGUUAGCAUGCUAGCAGUUAACAUGUGUCAAGUAGCAAGUUCUGAGUCUGAGACUUUCGGCUGCAAAAUUGGCUAAAAAGUUGGCAUGCCAACAUUCAGCAUGAAUCAAGUACCAACUUAAAUAAGUCUGAUGAAUUUGGCUGCAUUUGGCUAGAAAUUUUCUGCAAAAAGUUAGCACACUGAUGUUAGCAUGCUAACAGUUAACAUGUGUCAGGGAGCAAGUUACGAGUCUGAAACGUUCGACUACAGACUUGGCUAAAAACUUGGCAUGCUAACAUUUAGCAUGAGUCAAGUACCAACUUAAAUGAGUCUGAUGCAUUUGGCUGAAAAUUUGCUGCAAAAAGUUAGCACACUAAUGUUAGCAUCCUAACAGUUAGCAUAUGUCAAGUAGCAACUUAUUAGUCUGAGAUGUUUGACUACAUAAUUGGCUACAAAGUUGGCAUGCUAACAUUUAGCAUGAGCCAAUUACCAACUUAAAUGAGUCUGAUGAAUUUGGCUGCAAAUUUUCUGCAAAAAGUUAGCACACUAAUGUUAGCAUGCUAGUAGUGAACAUGUGUCAAGUAGCAAAUUCUGAGUGUGAGACUUUCGGAUAGAAAAUUGGCUAAAAAGUUGGCAUGCCAACAUUUAGCAUGAGUCAAGUAACAAAUUAAAUGAGUGAUGCAUUUGCUGCAAAUUUUCUGCAAAAAGUUAGCACACUGAUGUUAGUAUGCUAAUAGUUGACAUAUAUCAAGUAGCAAGUUAUGAGUCUGAGACAUUCGGCUGAAAAAAAGGGCUAAAACGUUGGCAUGCUAAAAUUUAGCAUGAGUCAAGUACCAAAAAUAUGAGUAUGAUGCAUUUGGCUGCCAAUUUGCUGCCAAACGUUAGCACACUAAUGUUAGCGUGCAAACAGUUAACAUAUGUCAAGUAGCAAAUUAUGAGUCUGAGACGUUCGACUACAAAAUUGGCUAAAAACUUAAAUGAGUCUGAUACAUUUGGCUUCAAAUUGGCUGCAAAAAGUUAGCACACUAAUGUUAGCAUCCUAACAGUUAACAUAUGUCAAGUAGCAACUUGUGAAUCUGAGAUAUUCGACUACAAAAUUGGCUAAAAACUUAAAUGAGUCUGAUACAUUUGGCUUCAAAUUGGCUGCAAAAAGUUAGCACACUAAUGUUAGCAUCCUAACAGUUAACAUAUGUCAAGUAGCAACUUGUGAAUCUGAGAUAUUCGACUACAAAAUUGGCAAAAAAGUUGGCAUGCUAACAUUUAGCAUGAGUCAAGUACCAACUUAAAUGAGUCUGAUGCAUUUGGCUGCAAAUUGGCUGCAAAAAGUUAGCACACUAACGUUAGCGUAUGUCAAGUACCAAGAUAUAUGAGUAUGGAGCGUUUGGCUGCAAAAUGGGAUAAAAAGGUUAGCAUGCUCAUGUUUGAAAUGCUUUCCGAGGCUGAGCCAAUCAGAGGCCACGAUACUAAACAGGUCUGAUUGUUCUAGUCUCCUCUCAUGGCCAAUACUACUGUCGUAUUUUUUUUUUUUUUUUUACUUAGCAAUUUUUACGCUUGAAAAUGCUUAAUUUAUGGCAAAGAUAGUUUAGCAUGUAUUGUUUGACCUAUAUUGUAGUGCUUUUAGUAUCUUUAAUGUGCAAAAUGCAUCAAAGUGUCAAUUGUAAUCAAUAGAAAUAGUGUAUAGUUAACCUGUGCUGCUCUUUAAACGGUGCCAAACAUGGGUGCUGAACAAAGAGUUCCCGCCUGAACCUACCACACAGUGCAGCUGGAUGGCAUUGAGGGCUCAGCACCAGCUUGUGCCUUAUGUCGGGUGACCUUUAACCUACGUCCUGAUGGGAAAUGUUUGCGUCGUCUCUACCUCUGCAUUCUUCUGGCUGAACAUGUCAGCUGUCAGAUUAGUUCAGGCUGGUGUUUUGGAAACAAAAAUGUCAGACUCUCAGGCAGCAAUUUUGUUCUGUUUACAUAGCUUAGCAUUUAUUUGCAGUGGAUCCCUUUCCUACAGUAGGGGUGUCCCGAUCCAGUAGCGAUAUCGUGUAUCGGUUCGAUAUCAGCUUGCAUGCAAAAUGUCCGAUACGAGCACAUAGGGUCGAUCUUUUAUAUUCCUCCUCAGAACAAUAAUAACACGCACAAGUUUGAGCAUUAAUUAGCUUUUUUCCCCAUUGUUAACAUGUUAAUAUGUUGGCGUAAUCUGACCAAUAACAUUGAAAAAGGUUGAAUACAUCCAAAAAAACUGAAGCUUCUACUGUUAUUUUUCUCAUCAAAGUGUGUUGUGUCUCCUAGUUUGAAGCAAACAUAUCCACCCUGUCAAAUUUUACUUGAACGACGUCACAGCCAAGUUACUUUGUCACUUUUUUGCCUCACGCCUCACUGACAGCGUGAGGGAAGAAUGCACUACCGACCUGAUAAGUCCGAAAAAAGAACGAGCUGAUACAGUAUUAUCUGCUCACAGAGGCUACCUGGUGCACAUCGCAGCUAGUCUUGGAUAUCCUCACUCCUUAAUGCUUGGGUCACAUGCAGGAUUCUCACAGGAAUGAGGCAAAACAUAAGCUUGCUUACUGUAAAAAUUUAAGUCUUAUGAUUGCACUCUUUAUCUUGUCUGUUUUUUCCAAAAUAAAAAAUAAAAUCAUCA